AUGGCAUAUCAGAUGUACAGGACGACAACGCUUGGCAGGGCGCUGAGGAGUACAUUGGAUGAAUUUGUUGAGGAUGGCACAAUCUCUUCUAGCCUAGCACAGAAUGUCAUGGUUACUUUUGAUAAAAGCAUCAAUAAAGCACUUUCACAGCGUGUGAAGAACAAAAUAACUUUUAAGGCCAACAAAUUGCGAGCCUAUCGUUUUUGCGACAAUGUAUGGACCUUUGUGAUGGAAGAGGUUGAGUUUCGAGAUUCUACUAGACCGAUGGAGAAUACCGUUGACAGAGUAAAAUUUGUCGCAUGUGAUGCCAGUGGUGCAAAACUUGCUGCAACGUGA